AUGAAAUUAAAUUUGGAAGAAAUAACUAAUAGAUCAUUAAUUGCAUUAUUACGUGCUUUUGGUAAGAAAAAUGAUCAAGAUUGGUCAUUGAAAUUACCAAUAGUUGAAUAUGCUUAUAAUGCUCAUGUUCAUAAAGUAAUGAAGAUGACACCGUUUGAAGCCGAUUACAUUCCAGAAGCACCUCAUGUUGAUUCAAAAUUAAGACGAGAUAUUCCUAUUAGACUGGUUCCAAAUAAUCCUGAUUAUACUGUUGAUUCUGCAAGAAUGCUCAAACUUCAUAGAGCAUUAAUUUCUCAUAAUAAAUUAGAAUCACAAUAUAAUCAACAUAGGCAAUCAUUGAUGCUACAAACACAAGAUCUAUAA